UUAUUUUUUUGUAAGUAAAAAUAGACUAGAAACAAUAUUCGAAAAACACUGAACCUUCUUCUCCGGUGAAACUGAACGGUGGCAUUAGUGGCGGUGGACGGCGGCGCAUAAGAGAGCUGGCGUUUUCGUAGUGUUAGUGUGAUGGAUCCUCAUUUUUAUUUCACUCCACCUUCCCUGUCACCACCGUCACCUCAACUAAACCCUAACCCUAACCCGAAUAAUAUUCAAUCCGAUUCAUCCCCCAAUUUGGACCAAAACCCUAACCCUAACCUCACCAAUUACCUUGGUUUACCCGUCCCCAAGAAGAGAAGGCGCGGCAGGUCCCAACGCAAUCCUUCCUCCUCCUUCCGUUCACCUCUCAACAAUGAUCUCAGCUCUUCCGCUGUUGCACCUCCACCGCCAUCGACUGAGGACUUUUCCGAUGACAUUAUCAUGAUAAACAAAGAAGCCAAAGCUGAGGCAAUGAUAGCACUGACAGCUGGUUUUCCUGCAGAUUCGUUGUCCGAGGAGGAGAUUGAAGCUGGAGUUAUCCCUGUCAUUGGAGGGAUUGAACAGGUGAAUUACACUCUCGUUAGGAAUCACAUUAUUGCGAAAUGGCGUGAGAAUGUUUCGGUUUGGGUUACUAAGGCAAUGUUUAUUGAUUAUAUACCUCAGCAUUAUCAUUCACUUUUGGACUCUGCUUAUAAUUAUCUUGUAUCACAUGGUUAUAUCAAUUUUGGUGUUGCUUCCGCUAUUAAGGAUAAAAUGCCAACCGAACCGAGUAAGCCUGGUGUCAUUAUCAUUGGGGCUGGUCUUGCUGGGUUGGCUGCUGCGAGGCAGUUGAUGCGGUUUGGGUUUAAAGUGACUGUGUUGGAAGGGAGGAAACGGGCUGGUGGACGGGUUUAUACUAAGAAAAUGGAGGUAGGGAGUAGGGUCGGCGCGGUUGCUGAGUUAGGUGGGAGUGUUUUGACAGGUACUUUAGGGAAUCCUCUUGGGAUUGUAGCUAGGCAGUUAGGUGAUGUGCUUCAUAAGGUGAGAGAUAAGUGUCCCCUUUAUAGUGUGGACGGAAAGCCGGUUGACCCUGAUAUGGAUGCCAAGGUUGAAUCUGCUUUUAAUCGUUUGUUAGAUAAGAUAAGCAGACUUAGGCAAUCAAUGGGGGAGGUCUCUAAUGACGUGUCUCUUGGUGCAGCGCUGCAAACGUUCAGCCAAGUGUAUAAGGAUGCUGUGAGUGAUGAGGAGAUGAAGUUGUUUAAUUGGCACCUUGCAAAUUUGGAAUAUGCAAAUGCUGGUUUACUAUCACAUCUUUCACUUGCAUUUUGGGACCAAGAUGAUCCGUAUGAUAUGGGAGGAGAUCAUUGCUUUUUGCCUGGAGGAAACGUAAAGCUGGUUCAAGCCUUGGCUGAGAAUGUGCCAAUUUUAUAUGAGAAAACUGUAAAUACGAUUAGGUACGGUAGUGAUGGAGUGCAGGUUAUUGCAGGAAGUCAGGUAUUUGAGGGUGAUAUGGCAUUGUGUACCGUUCCGCUGGGUGUGUUGAAGAAAGGGUCCAUCAAAUUUAUACCGGAGUUGCCUCAAAGAAAACUUGAUGGAAUUAAAAGAUUGGGUUUUGGUCUACUUAAUAAGGUUGCUAUGCUCUUUCCUCAUGUGUUCUGGGAGAUGGAUCUCGACACAUUCGGGCAUCUUUCUGAUGAUCCAAGUCGUCGCGGAGAAUUUUUCCUGUUUUACAGUUAUGCAACUGUUGCUGGUGGUCCCCUGUUGAUUGCUUUAGUGGCAGGGGAAGCUGCACAUAAAUUUGAGAGCAUGCCCCCUACAGAUGCAGUAACAAAGGUUCUUCAAAUUCUGAAAGGUAUUUAUGAACCAAAAGGAAUCAAUGUUCCUGAGCCUAUCCAAACAGUCUGUACUAGAUGGGGGAGUGACCCCUUCUGCUUCGGUUCUUACUCUAAUGUUGCAGUUGGAGCUUCGGGUGAUGAUUAUGAUAUUUUAGCCGAAAGUGUGGGGGAUGGUAGACUUUUUUUUGCUGGGGAAGCAACUACUAGGCGCUAUCCUGCUACCAUGCAUGGGGCUUUUCUAAGCGGUCUAAGAGAAGCAGCGAAUAUGGCCCACCAUGCGAAUAUUCGAUCAAUGAAUGUGAAGGUUGAAAAGACCCCUUCAAGCGCUUAUUCUUGUGCUUCCCUUCUUGCGGAUUUAUUUAGAGAACCUGAUGUAGAAUUUGGGAGUUUUUCUAUCAUUUUUGCUCAGAAAAAUGGAGACCCAAAGUCACCUGCAAUCUUGAGGGUAACAUUUGGUGAGCAUAAAAAGAAAUAUCACGAAGUUUCCAGACAAGACCAACAACAACAUUCAAACAAAUUACUUUUUCAGCAGCUUCAGUCGCAUUUUAAUCAGCAGCAGCAGCAGCAGCUUCAUAUUUACACUUUGCUGUCAAGACAACAGGCUCUUGACCUAAGAGAAGUAAGGGGUGGUGAUGAAAUAAGAUUGAAUUACCUUUCUGAAAAGCUAGGAGUGAAGCUGGUGGGAAGAAAAGGAUUGGGGCCGAAUGCUGAUUCUAUCAUUGCUUCCAUUAAAGCUGAGAGGGAAAAUCGUAAACCUGUUUCAACCUCUAUGGCUCAUAAACCAGGUGUGUCAAAUCUAAAAACAGACAUUAUGAAGCGGAAGAUAAUCAGAAAGGCAAAGGUGGUGAAGAAAAGCAAUGGAUCUAUACCCCAUGCAAGCAUGAAUGUGAGGAGUGCCUCUAAAGUACCAGAAGAGAAUCAGAUAAUAGAUCAAGUGCUUCCUGAUGUGCCUGUUUCAGGGAACAAUCAAAAUGACUUAUCAAAGUCAAAUCCGUAAAUGGAUGACAUUUCUUCAUCUAGCGGAAAGACUAAGAUGUUAUUCAGCUUGCUCUUCUGAGAGCUUCAGUCGGAUCUUUAGGAGUCAUUCUUUGUAAAUCCUCAGUGUAAUGUUUGUAAUACACCUCUUCAUUUUUUUAUUUUAACAAAUGGUAUUUCUAAGAAAUACAUUUGAUUGUUGUUGUAACUUAUAAAGAAAUAAGAUUAUGUAAAAGAAUAGAUUAUCCAUCAUACUACCAAACGCAAGAUCUUGUUCGAAAUUGGAGCAGUCCCUUGCAUUAUAACCAGACAUAAAUCCUUUUGACA